UUUUCCGACUAGCCGUGUUGCGGCGCAGUCAGUCAGUCCGGCUCGGCCAUGGCGCGGCUCGGCGUGCUCGUCCUGCUCCCGCUGCUGUUUGACUCGGUGUUCUCCAUCUCCUUCUUCUUACCGGUCCGAACGAGGAAGUGCCUGAAGGAGGAGAUUCAUAAAGAUGUUCUGGUGACGGGAGAGUAUGAGAUCAGCGAGCAGCCCAACACCAAAACUAACCUGAAGAUCACAGACUCCUCUGGCCACAUUCUCUACUCCAAAGAGGAUGCCACUAAAGGCAAAUUCGCCUUCACGACAGAGGAUUAUGACAUGUUUGAAGUUUGCUUUGAGAGCAAAUCCCAAAUGGGAACUGGGAGGGUUCCUGAUCAGCUCAUCAACCUGGACAUGAAGCACGGUGUGGAGGCCAAGAACUACGAGGAGAUUGCAAAGGUGGAGAAGCUGAAGCCUCUGGAGGUGGAAUUGCGGCGCUUGGAGGACCUGUCUGAGUCCAUCGUCAACGAUUUUGCUUACAUGAAGAAGAGAGAGGAGGAGAUGAGGGACACCAAUGAAUCUACCAAUACACGUGUGCUGUACUUCAGCAUCUUCUCCAUGUGCUGUCUGAUCGGCCUGGCCACAUGGCAGGUGUUCUACCUGCGCCGCUUCUUCAAGGCCAAGAAGCUCAUUGAGUAAAAACCUGUUCUGCCAAUCAGAGACCCAGAAUCCCUCUCCGACACCUCACCCGCCCCUCGUCUUUUUGCCCGGUGUCAGCAGGUUUGUGAUAUUUUUGGCAGGGGUGCAACCUGGAGAGGACGUCCAUCAGGUCAUUGUUUGGGGAAGCCGGCGGCCAUAUUCCCUCAUUUUUGAUACAAAGCUUGUUCGGUUUCAUUUGGACGAACCACCCGCUCCUCGUUUCUUCAGUUUUUUUUUAUUACACACAAUCCGAAACAGAUGUUUAAAAUUUACAUUUGAACUACAAGACCAGAGGUGCCGCUUUAAUGAUACACUCUCAACUGUUUUGUGUGUGGUUAGAGAUGCACCCAUACCAGAUUCUGGCAAUCAAGUGCAUUACUGUUAUCACUAAUAAAAACCUGUUGAUGCUAGGAAACCGUUAGUUUCAGGUUGCCCAGUAUAACCAUAUUUAAAUGGAUGAGAGAAGUAAUUUCACAUGCAGGGCUGAUAACCGGUAUUGGGAUUUAGAAUCAGGCUGGGGUACAGUGGUAUUGGUGCAUCUCUACUGUUGAUCAUUGAAGCACUUGUAUGUGUUAGUGGUACAGAUAAAUGAACGAACAUUUUCUCUGUUAUUGUAAAUGCUGUUUUUUUUUUUCAGUUGUUAAAAAAAAAUAGAAUUACUCUUUAUCCCAAGAUACAAAGUUAUACAAAGCCCCUUUUUCGUCGUGCUCAUAUAUGAAGUUCAUUUGCACUCUGUUGAAGAUCAACAUAAAAACUGCAGAAGAAUGUUAUCUUUAUUUUUUUUUUGCUGGCUAUUUCUCAAUGUAUAUUAGAUUCCGGUCAUUCUAGAUGAACUUAAAGGUGAACCCCAACCAUUUUGGGGGCAUUGGUCAUGGAUGGAGAAUGUGGAGAAACUUGCUGACCCUGAUUUGUUCAUAGUGGUGGUGAUGUGGCCUACAAAAGAAAAGUGUUUUUUUUUUUUAUGAGCAAACUUCAACAUUAUUGGUUUAAAGAAAUGCAUUUUAGCCCCUGGAUCUUUUUGAAAACAGAGUUUUACAAGACAGCAACAUAUUUAUUAUCAUAUGGUGUAAUUUGUUUCUGUGGGUGCUUUUAGAGGUUUAAAACCUUGAUUUGAUUCACCACCACUGUGAACAACUAACUCAGUUUCUCUACAACACAAUGUUUCACAUCAGGCCACUCUAAAUUACUUUAUAUCUGAACUGAUUUUGCAAAAAUGGUGAAAAAGCCUUUCUUUGGCCAUUUUUAUAGCAAUUUCUGUGGGCUGUUUUUGCUUUAGAGCACAAACUGAUCUGAAAUUUUUGCAUUGCAGAGUAUACCAGCACGGUAGUUAAUCAGCCUGGGUUGUGGAUUCUCCUACUAACACAACACCUAUAUGCAGAAAUAUUGAUUUGGAUUUGUUUUAUUGUUUAUUUUAAUGUAAUUAUGAAAUGGUGCAUGUGUUACCAUUAACGUGGAUGGUUUGGGGGACUAGGCUUAAUUAGGGGGUGGCGGUUUUUUGUUUUGUUUCUUUUUUUUUCCUGCCAGACCCAUCAUUUAUAGAAACCUUGAAUCUUUUUUUUUUGUUCUAUUUUGUGGACAUUUCAUCGUUUUUUGAUUUGGUGGCAAUUCAUUUUAAAACAACAAAACUGGAUUGUCAAUAAAUUGUUAGUUAAAA